UCUUUAAAUUCAAAUGAGUCUUCGUAAAUGUUUGUAUUGAUCGCAUACAACUAUAUUUUUUUUUUAUUCCAUAACAUACAAACGUGUGUACUACAAAAUAUUGUAAAUAUGUUCCCUUUGAUAGUAAAUGCUUUCCCAAAUGUUAAUUCUAUUUCACACUAAGACAAGGCAAUAAAAAACCUAAUGAAUUUAUUAUAUUUUUUAGAGAACAUAAAAUACCAACUUAAACGUCGAUGCUAACAUUGACCGAGAAAUUGCGUAUAUAACACAUGGAUGACCUAAAUUCUGGAUCGGUGUAAACAGAGAUAUACCAUGCUAGCGGAUUUUGUUUUGUUAAGGACCAGGAAGAAGACUGUUCCGUCAUUCUUAUUGAUAACCAGCUGUUUUCUGAUUUUCUCCCACGUAGGUUUUGUGUUUGGAGAUGAGACCACAUAUGAAUUUGGAGAAGACUGCUUAUUCAUUACUAAAGACGUGGAUUAUGAUGAGGAAAUGUACGUUGAGUACAAUGGAAAGACGGUUGACCUCUCUUGCGAUUACUUCAGAUUCGGAGGACCAGGAUAUGGAUUUUUUAACGAGUACUCCGUCUGUGUGACUCCUCUUUAUUUCAAUGACAGUGAAUGUGCUGUCAAAUUAAAUAUCAAAACAUCCCUUUUUGAAAGCACUAAACACAAAAUAACAUGCACUGAAAACAAAAUCGCUCCGUAUUGUGGACCGAAAAAUGAAAAUCUCUACAUAGAGUUCGAGAAACGGUAUGGUAGGGAUACGAAUGGAGCGAAGUUUAAGCUAAAAAUCACAACGAGGAAAGAAUAUGUUGCCAAGGAAUCCACUUCUUCAAAAUAUGUCAUUGGUGCCAUAAUUGGAGGUGUCAUUGGCGGCCUCGUCCUCAUCACAGUGUGCAUUGCUAUAUACUGCUGGUGUGUGUGUAGACGGAAACCAUCUCAAGGGAGAGUACUCAAUCCGACAUUGGGAUAUCCGGCUACGUCAAACCCAUAUGCUGUCCAAGCCGCACAAACACAACAAAGCAUGAUGGCAACGCCUUCCAGUGUUUUAUCUCCAGUUGUAUAUCCAAUUGGAUCACAACCUUCACCCCAAGGAACAGCAAGUCCACAGACAAUUGAAAACAAGUUGGCCUCUGUACCUCCAAGCUAUGACGCGUUUACGGAGUCAUCAACCUCGCACAUUCAUGAAACAAACUCAGAAUCGUCCAAAACGCUAACUAAUGAAGACACUGAACGCAAAUAAUGCCCGAAUAUGUUUAUUGACACUUUUUGUAAUAGUUAGAAGAAACAGGGACUCUCUCUAUCAAAUUCGAACGAGUUUUUUAUCCACGUUUUAUGAGUACCAUACAUGCAUCCAGUCCCGAUCUUCCAUAAAAAUUUGAAAAUAGAAAAUUUUGACCUAAAUCUAGCUUAUUCUUUCUUUGGAAAUGUUAUAAAUGAAUGACCUUUUUUGACCCUUGAAGGUUAUAUUCCAGUAAAAAAGAUUUCGAUUCGACCACCGUCCAGGUGAAACCAUUCCAAUAUAAGGUUCAAAAUAUUGAAAUUUGCAUUUUCUUUGAAAGUAUUCUCUGUCUUUAAUAUGUGGAGUUGAAAUAAAACCUUAAGAGAGGACAACAACGUCAAAAUAUGUUGCCCUUACACAACAUUUAAUCGUUGCCAAUUUAUUUAAAGAUACUUACGUGCCAUUUAUGCCUUUUAUAGAAUUUACAAGGAAAUUGUAGAACGAUUGAUGAUUAUAAUAAUGUGUUAAAAUUAUAAGUUAUAAUCAUAAACGUAAUUCAAAUACUGUCAGCUACAUGUUUUUGUAUUUCAUGUAUUUUUUCUUCUUUUUUCUACCUACUGAUACGUAUUAUAGAUGAAUGAUGUUUCUCCUUUUCAUUUUUAGAACGUAUUCUACUUUUUUGGAUAAAUGAAACCUUAAAAUAAAUAGCAAAAAGAA